AUGUGUGAAAAGGUAGAAAGCGGUUUAUUUUAUAAAGAUUGCAAUUUAUAUAUUGGUGAAUAUAUUCUACAAGAUAAAAUACAGAAGGAAGAUAAUUUAGAAAAGAGUAAAGAUGAUAUUAGUAAAAAGAAAAAUGAUUUACCAAAAGAAAUUUCAAAAAAUAUAUAUGAUGAAAAAGAUUUAUAUAAAUCAAAUAAAAAAAAUGAAGAAAUUGAUAAGGAAAAAAAUAACAAUGACAAUAAAAAUGAUAGUAAUAUAAUUUUUCAUGGUUAUGGAAAAUAUAUUAAGAAAAAUGAAAUUUUUGUGGGAGUUUUUGAAAAAAAUGCAUAUAGAAAAGGCAUAUGGAUAAAAUAUAAAAAUAUUCAUAAUUUGUUUUUUUAUAUGAAUAUACAUGAGAUGAUUUUAAAAGAAGAAAAGAACAUAAAUAUAGAAAACUUCAAAAAUUUAUUAUAUUUACCUUUAAAAGAAAUAAAUAUAUACAUUGGAGAAUUUGAUGAUAAUAUGUUUAAUGGAUUUUCUUUAUAUUAUUUCUAUCCUUUUUUAUAUGUUGGUUAUUUCAUAAAUAAUUCAAUGACUGGAUAUGGUUAUAUAUUUCAUAUUUCAUCCCUAAAUGAAAUUAAUUACUCAAAAAAAAAUAAUAUUUUUUCUUACAGUAAUUUAUUCAAUUAUUUGUUUGUAAGGGAAAUGAAAAGUGAGAAAAGUACAAACGUAAAAGACAGUAAAAAGAAAAAUGAGAAAAACAAAUUGGAGGAAGAAAGUGUAGCAGAAAUAAAAAGUGUAAAUGAGAGAAAAAAUGAAAAAAUAGAUAUACAAAACAACAAAAAUAGUGAUGAUAUUAAGGAUUCUGAAGAUGAUAAUUUACAAAGAAAAUUAUUAUUCGACAGAAUAUACGAACAAUUAGAAAAAAUGGUAAAAGAAAUAAACUACAAAGAAAGUAAUGAUAAUAAAAGUGAAAAAGAAAAAAAUAAAGAUAAGAAUAAUUUAAUAGACAAAAUUGAGAAAGACAUAUAUAAAAAUUUGAAAUUAAAUAUUAAAAAAAAAAACAGAAUAAAUAAAAUAAAAAAAAUUUUGCAAGAAAAUAAAAAAGAAAACUUCUUUGACAUUUUUAAUUAUAUUACUUAUGAUAAUUUAUUUUUUAAAGGUUUUUUUUAUAAAAAUAAAUUUUCUAAUAAUGAUAAGGAACAAACAAUAUACAAAAAUAUGUUUAUUCAGUUGUAUAAAGAUAAUAUUAUUAGUAAAAUAGAAAUGAUUAGAAAUAAUAUAUUGAAUGAUUUAAAGCCUGAUGAUAUACACAUUAGUGAGCAUAAUGAUUUGUACGUAUUCGAAAAAAAAAGAAAAAUUAUCCUUAAAAAAAAAAAAACUGAUAUUAAAAAUGAAGUAAGAUAUGAUAUCAGAAAUAAUAUAAAUGAAGAUAUAAAAGAAAAUUUAAUAUAUGAAAACUUAAAGAAUCUCGUUGACUGGACUAUAUUAAAAAAUAUUUUUGAAUUGACGUUAAAAAAUAAUAUUGAAUAUUUUAUAGAUGUAAUUACCGAUGAAAAAAUUUUUAAAUAUAAAAAUAAAUUUAGAGAAUUAAAUAUUGAAGAAAAAUACUUAAAUAAGGCUACAUUAAAUUUAAAUGGAUAUUUUCAAUUAGUUAUAUUAAAUUUUAAGUGUAAAGGUGAAAUACUUUUUAAUUUAAAUACAAGUAAAUGUAAUUUUCAAAAUAUAUAUAAAAUAAAGAUAUUUUUAGUCUCUUCUGAUAAAUCGUCUAUUAUUAAAUAUAACACAUUUAACUUAUAUUAUAUCUUUGUUUAUGUGAGAAACUUAGAUAAAAAAAACAAAAAUAAAAUAAAAAAAAAAAAAAAUUAA